AUGCCCCUCUUGCUGCACGCCACUCGCUGCACGCCACUCGCUGCACGCCACUCGCUGCACGCCACUCUCACUCACACUCUCAAAACACCCCUCUCUCGGUCAACCAUCGUCCUGUACCCCAGCCCUUCACAAAAGACAUACCCCGUUCGCCCUUCCUCUGUAAUAUCCCCUCUCUCCCCUUUCUCUCCUUUCUCUCCUUUCCUCCCCACCCCCCUCGUUCCCACCAUCCGUCACAUACCUGCCCCCACCAGCGUGUACCCGUACUACGUGGCGCUCAAGCUGGGGUCGCAGAGGCAAGAGUUCAGCAUGGCGCUCGACCUCGUUAUCCCCGACAUCUUUGUGCCCUGCACUGCGGCUCCUCGCGCAAGGGGGUGCCUGUGGAGUGAACCAGAUGGGCCACUGGGGCAUGCAGGGGUGGCAGUACGGGUCGUGGGCAGCAGGAGGCGUGCUGGGGCUGGGGUGGGACAGCCCCUUCCUGCAGCAGCUCACUGGUACCGACGACCCAAGCGCCUUCGCGGUGUGUCUGGAGGAGCCGACGCCGACGAACAAGACGGGGUGGGAUGGCAAGGUGCCGCUGCAGACAAGCAGCAGCCAUCUCACCAUCGGAGCCACCGGCCUCCCUGCCGGCGCCAGCUACGCCUCCAUGUAACCCCUCUACUUGCUCCACACCCUCUCGUGCUCCCACGCCUUCUCACACUCUCAUACCCUCUCACACUCUCAUGCCCUCUCACACUCUCAUGCCCUCUCACACUCUCAUGCCUUCUCACACUCUCAUGCCCUCUCACUCUCAUGCCUUCUCACACUCUCAUGCCUUCUCAAACUUUCAUGCCCUCUCACACUCUCAUGCCCUCUCACACUCUCAUGCCCUCUCACACUCUCAUGCCCUCUCACACUCUCAUGCCCUCUCACACUCUCAUGCCCUCUCACACUCUCAUGCCCUCUCACACACUCAUGCCCUCUCACACUCUCAUGCCCUCAUGCCCUCACACUCUCAUGCCCUCUCACUCUCACGCCCUCUCACACUCUCACGCCCUCUCACGCUCUCACGCCCUCUCACGCUCUCACGCCCUCUCACGCUCUCACGCUUCCCACACGGCGCCAGCACCUGUACCUGUGGUUUCAAAGGCUGGGCUGCAGUACAGUCACAUCACACUCACCACAGCCACACAGGCGCGCAACAUCACAGACGACCCCUCCUACAUAGACACCGCUAUUGUUCCCUACCUGCCCGAGGAUUUCCCUAAGAAGGCCACGCCGGGCGUCCUCUUCAUGCCCGAGUCCUUCGUGCAUCUCCUGCGCUACCCCCUCUUCAUGAGCCUUCGCGACGCGGCGGUGGAUCCGUUCACCACCUUCCCCACCAUCGACAUUGCUUUCCUCUCUCCAGACAACACCAGUGCCACCACCGCGCACUUCUAUAUCAAGCCUCGCGAGUACCUCGCCCAGGUUUCGGCUUCUGAAUACUGCAUACUGGCCACUUAUAUUGCUUCUGAUAGAAACUAUGCCAGCUACAUUGGAGGUACGAUGGUCACCUACCGCACAUCCACACACUCCGCUCUCUACCAGAGCUUCUUCCAGCACCCUCCCCUGCCAUCCGCCACCAUGGAGCCGGCGCUGUUCAACAAGUAUCUCUUCCUCGACUACACCAACAAGACUGCAGCAUGGAUGGACGCCCCUAGCUGUGGAGCUGAGCCCCUGCUGCCGCCACCCUCCCCGGCGCCACCAUCCCCGCCUGUUUCCAAAACAGCCACUCGCUCUCUCUCCCCUCUGCCAGCAGCACUCUCAGCUGCCCUUGUCCUUGCCACCUCCGCCGCCCUGCUUGCUCUCACUCUUCUGUAG